AUGUUUCAAUCCAUCCGCUUCUCUUCACGCUUACCAGCUCGUCUGGUGCGGUGGAAUUCCACCGGUCCGGUUCUGCCACCCUUGAUGGCUACUUUGCGGACUGAUCUGAAGACCGCCAUGAGAGCCAAAGAUACUACAAGACUGAAUGUGCUGCGCGCCUUGAUCUCCGAGACCAACAAUGCCGCCAAAACCGCCUCGCCGAUCCAAACAGACAUCCAGCUUUUGUCGCUCAUCCGUAAACGGUUAAAUGCCUCCAAGGAUGCUGCAAAGGAGUUUGAAGCCGCUGAGCGACCAGAUUUGAAGGAGAAGGAGGAUGCACAAGUUGUCGUGUUGGAGGAAUACGCGGGUCAGGUUAAGACUCUCCCCAUCGCCGAGAUCAAGGAAGUAGUCGUCAACGAGAUCGAUGCGAUGAUCAAUGCCGGCAGUAAACCCAACCAAGGCACUGUUCUCAAGGCUCUCUUUGCUCCGGGAGGCCCGCUGGAUGGCAAGCCAGUUGACCGGAGAGAAGUGGCUACCGAGGUCAAGAAUGCGCUCUCUUGA